AUGGACGAAACACCAGAAUCUGCCAAUGCCAACGAUCACAUGGCAACCUUGCAACCAUUACUGGAAGCCGAACCACCUUCGUCAGCAUCUUCUCAGGUUGUACAAACUGAGAAGCCCGAUAAGACAUCGGCGGAAGAAGACAUAACCAGCAGUAAAUGGGUACUGUUCUUAGCUCAAUGGGGGCUAGAAAUUGUCGCAUUGGCUCUCAGCCUGAUUGCCUUUGGACUGAUGAUCUAUCUUCUGUGCCAUUCAGCUGACGAGCCAAUAUCCAAAUGGAACAAAACUUAUAUCUCUCUCAACACAGCCGUUUCCAUCUUGGCUGGAACAUCAAGAGCCUGUCUCGCAUUUUCAAUCAGCAUGUGUUUGUCACAGGGUAAAUGGAACUGGUUGAAUGGAGCUGCGCAACCACUGGUGGACUUUGAUCGAUUCGAUGCCGCUAGCCGAGGAGCUUGGGGAAGUCUGCGUCUACUCCAAUCUUGUAUACGCCGCCCACACUGGACAUUAAUUGGGGCUCUGACUGCUAUUGCUCUACUGGCCUUUGAACCCUUCACCCAGGCUGUCUUAGCCAUAGAGGGUAAGGAAGUAAAUUUGGACCACGUAGAGUACGCCAAGGCAGCACAUUCGAGUAACGAUACUCUUCAGGCCCUUGGAAACGUUCCUCAAAUUGGCCGAUCGACUCGUUUAGAUGGUGCUUCGUGGGAUGGCGCUGCUACUGGAGUAAGUGCAGUCCCAUUCCCAGGACCUCACAAUACGACCAUGGAGUUCAUGGCCAGACGCUUCUCAUUCAAUAUCCAGGAGGAUAUGGGUAUGAAAGCAGCCAUAUGGAAUGGGUUUUCACGCUUCACUGCCCCGCAAAAUCUGAGGCCAGCCUUCGCUUGUGCAACCGGGAAUUGUACAUGGCCCGUUUUUCCUUCCAUCGCCGUCUGUUCCAAGUGUCGCGACAUAUCAGAAUAUGUCACCAAAUCAACUGGACCCGUUAAAUUCCCCUUGAAAAUCUACAAUUCUGGAGCACAUGGCCAGGAGUAUAUGUUGGAGCCUGGGGAAAGUCUCCCUGGUGUGAGCAACCCCAGUCCGCAUGCUGAUUUGAGAAACGGUCGGAAUUUCACUUUCAUCAAACAUGAGAUUUCACAGCUGAAUCUUAGCAUUUCUAACUAUAAUGGGACUCCACACUGCCGAAACCUGUUCCAACAAUGUCCUGAUACUUACCUAUCAGCUCGUGUCACAACGAAUCCAGGGCAGACCCUGACAUUUCGCAAUCUUAGCACUCUGGUCAUGGCUAUACAAUACUUGGGCUCGAAUGAGACUUGGCUUGAUAACAGAACCAGCUGGGAAAAUACGAGAGUUAGUGCCCGAGAAUGCGCAUUGUCAUUCUGCGUGAACCAGUAUCACGAUGUACUAUCUCAGGGAGUCUUACAAGAAACUGUCGCGUCUUCAUGGACGGACCGAGAGACAGACUCUUACACACACGAUGAUAAGGAUGUCAAGGCCUUCAUGAAAUACACGAAUCAUAGUCUUGACAUGGGCAACCAACUAGCGAAACUAUCUGAUCUCCAGAUAAAGAUCCCAGACGAGGACUACAAGCGACAAGCCUCCAACCUACGGCAACAGUACUUCAACAUUACACAGCCCACCAUAAUAGUACUUUACAAUGUCUUGAGUGACGGCUUCGGCAUAGUUCGCAAUUCCAAUGACAUCAAAGAUCUUUCUAGGCCAUAUAUUCAUCUAUCAACCACAAAGCUCAUAUACCCAGCAUUGGGGAUGGGCCAGCCAAAUGCUGGUCUCGUGUCUGGGCUUGGCCAAUCCAGAGAUAUACCAUCAACAAUAAACAAUGUCGCCCUCAGUUUGACGAAGUGGAUACGAGAUCGAGAGCUAGAUGCGAGUCCAAUGAAAGGGAAUGCCACACGUAUGGUUGUCAUUACACAUGUCCGAUGGAACUACUUGUGGUUUCCUGGCGCAAGCUUGAUAACCGGAAUAGCGUUUGCGAUUCUGUGUAUGUGGGAGACGCAGAAGCUAAAGAAACCAGCACUUAAGGAUAGUAUACUCGCGGCUUUGGCAUGUGCGCCGGAUGAAGAGUUGCGAUUGCGUCUGAAACAGGCUGCAGCGAAUGGUAAACUACAAGGGACUGGGAGAAAGGUGGAAGUCCGCUGGGAGAAAGACGAUGAAUUUGCCCAGUUUAAGGAAAAGAAGGAUGAUCAGCCGAGCGUUUGA